AUGGCAGCUCUUCUCUAUACAAACAUCAAGUCAAAAAUAUUGCGCGGGUACUUUUUGGCGCUCGUAAAGCAGUCAGUCGCCAAUCAAUCGCCAAAGAGCUUUAUGUCUUUAAUGCAGCGACAUCCAUCGACUACAAAGAAGUGUUCAAUGAGAAUGACUCGUGACAAUACAAAGAAGACAAUAAAACAUGGAUCUGGUCAAUCAAUAAAGAAGAAAAACAACACGACGAUCUUAACCAAGGAACUUCCAUCGGAAUCCGAGCCUCAGCCACAAUUAUCGCUUGACUCCGCCUCACGAAGCUUUUUACAGCUUCUCAAGGACGAUAGGGGUCGUCUACCACCUCCAAUAACGGUAGUAACCAAAUCUCGUGUCAUGAAAUUGUCAAAGGAGAAACACGUGAUGGAAUUUCAAUUGCCAUUUAAUGACUUUGAACUCAAGAGCCUGGAGGAACGUCCAUGGAUACGCCGUCCACCACCUUUUGGUAAAAUUAGUCGCUGUGUGUACGUUUCAACAAAGAUCCCAAUUGCUGAUUUUCCAGUACAUAAAUGCACGUGUUAUGAAGAGAUACACAAGUCCAUGACGAAGCGUACAACGGUCAUGGCAAGUGUAAAGGCUCAAAAGGAAUGUGCAGUCCAAGGACGACGAUAUCGUGACUUGAAAAAAAGGACAGAAAGGGAAACGAUGGUGUACUGUGGUGAAGGAUGUUAUAACCGUAUGCUGUUCAUUAGUUGCUCAAAUGAAACGUGUUCAGCUCCUGAUCCAAGCAUAUGUAGUAAUCGUGCUAUUAAGAGAAGAGAACUCAAGGCCGUGCGAGUCGAAUAUAUCCCAGGUCCUGGAUUUGGACUUGUUGCUAACGAAAUGAUACAUGCAGGAGAGUUUAUUAUCGAGUAUAUUGGAGAAGUCAUUGACGACGAAGAAUGUGGACGAAGGAUGAUCAAGUACAUGGACAAUGGCGAGGUUAAUUUCUAUCUGAUGGAACUGGAAAAGAACACUGUCAUUGACGCAAAGUACCGUAGUAACGAGUCGCGUUUCAUUAACCAUAGCUGUGAUCCCAACAGUAUUACACAAAAGUGGAAUGUGGACGGCAUACAGCGUAUUGGAAUUUUUGCGCGUCGCAAUAUCGCUAUCAACGAAGAGAUCACGAUCGACUAUAACUUUUCACACUUUGGCGAGGCGGCUGAAUGUAAAUGUGGAUCCACUGCUUGCACGGGUAAAAUUGGUCUCAAGCGAUCUAAACUUCCCUUGUAUUCUCAUGUGGUGGGAACUGCAAAGGCGAAAAAACAGGUACCAGUGGAUGAGGAGCCACCUGAGCUUAAGCGACCAGUACACUUGACUUCGCUUGCACUGCUGAAAAGUUCUCAGCUGGAUGAUAGCUGGUUGGACGAUUACGGGUUCAAAAAACGUCGAUUGUUCCUCAGUCACCGAUUGCCCACGAAGGAUGACACUACUGAGAGAGUAGACAACAGCGGAGCUCGUCAUUGUAUGUCAUCGGGCAGUCCAGACUCGGUAUACUCGACAACGACAGAGGAGGAUGUAUCGUUGACACCGCCACAAAUGAUUCAGAGUAAUUUUAUUGCAGAGAAGCCACAAAAAAAGACCUGGUAUGGAAAGAUUGUAGCAGGAGAGCAUCUGCAUGAAAUGAAAGUACUUCCCAGCUACACGUGUGGAGGCAAGCCAGACUGGACUGCCGAUCUCACCAGUUACCGCAAGCUCGUAUCAAAUGCACCAGUGAAGAAGAGGGGCCCAGGGCGUCCACCAAAAAAGAAGCGUAGUUGUCAUAAAAAAGUGGCGCCGCUGCUUCCACGUCCAAAUCGUGCUUUGCUAGGUACAAAGCUUAUUCACAGACGUCUAAGCCUUUCGCAAGCACGAGCAAGGGGUAUAAAUGAGCUUGCAGCCUUUGCCAAAGGCAAUUCUAAAUGGAACAAACGCAUUCCGUCCUCCAAUACCAUCAAUCCAGACCGCAUUUAUCGUCUGAUUGAUCGUGUAAAGGGUAAAGAAAUCUUCAUCAACACUGACCAGAAUGACUUGAACGAAGACGCUUGCUUUCGUUGUGGUCUAGCGGGCGAGCUUAUUUGCUGUGAUGGCUGUCCUGCUGCAUUCCAUCUUAAUUGUACAAACCUUGCUAUGGUGCCUCCGGAUCAAAUUCCAUGGUUUUGCUCCGAGUGUACCAACCCAAAGCAUUUUCAGCAGAAAAUAUCAGAGACGUCGGAUACUGGCAUCAUCGCUGCUAGAGGUACAAGAAGCAGUCAGUCAGACGUCCUAGGACGGUUGCGUACGCAUGCAGCGCCACAAAUUCCAAGUCUCAAGAAGAUUUUUCAUGUUCCAGCGUCCAAUACAAAGCGCCGUUACAAAAAACGCCAUAAAGUUCUGGGCCGUUUGUAUCGCGAGCUAGAACAGGUGCCAUUACCCGUGUGGAACGAAAGCAGUAAUGAGAGUGAAACCGAAGAAUAA